AUGCCACCAUCGCCCGCGCUCCUCGUGGUCGCCGAUGGUGAUCGCUGGCGCCCCUACGCCGCCUCCCUCCCCACGCGGAGGUCCUUCGAGCUCACCACCAUCGUGUCGGGAAGCCGCUGCGUCGGAUCGAGCAACGGCUGGCUCGCGCUCUCCGUCGUCGGCUCCAUCGACGAGACCGUGUUCGUGCUCCUCAACCCCAUCGCCGCCAUGGAGAUCAUCCUCCCACCACUGAUCUACGAGCACGAGGAUGAGAGCCGCCGCGACUGGGUUUCCAAGUUAGUCUUCACCCUAUGCCCCGCCAAGGACGACUUCGCCGCAGCCGCGAUCUGCGACAUCGACAUGAUUGCGUACGUCACCGCCGAUGCCAAGAGGUGGGCCGUCAUGGACCCCGUCCGCCUCACCAGCGAGGUCGGGGACCAGCUCACCGACGUCGUCUACACUGACAAAGGUAAGGUCUAUUGCCUCUCCAAGUCCGAGGACGUGCAUGUCCUCCGUCUCCCUAAGUGCUGGCGCCGUAAGCCUGCCAACGCCGAUGAGGCAGGGCCCUCAGAGCCAGAGUUCUCUGUUCUCCAGUCGCCACCUCCUCCGCCGCCGCCUACUGAACACACAAUUAUUGUCCCCCACCGUUUUGGCAAUAUCAGGAGCCAUUGGGGAUAA